AUGGCGACUAAAAUGAAGCGCUUCCUGGCCCCUGGCCCAGCAGCAGCAGCAGCAGCAGCAACAGCAACAACCACAACAGCAGCAGGGGAGUCCGCACACGAUUCAGCCUCCAAAGGCAGCCUCAUUGCAGCACCUACUGCCUAUUCCCCCAACAGCCAGGCAGCAGCAGCAGCAGCUGCUGCUGCUGCUGCUGCAGCUGUUGCUGCUGCUGCUGCUGACCGUGGGGGCCCCUCACCGGACGAAGGAGAUGAGCCGCCGCAGCAAAGUGCAGCAGCCCCAGCCACACCAACCACAGCAGCAGCAGCAGCAGCAGCAGGAGAAGCAGCAGGAGAAGCAGCAGAAGCAGCAGAAGCAGCGGCAGCAGAAGAUGCAAGUAAAGCAUAUACGGUUGAGCAGGAGUUAUAUGGCUGGGGCGGCUUCUUCUCUCGCGUUGCGGUGCAGCAGAGACAUCUCAGCAGCAAGCAAACAACACAGGGAAUCAAGAACAGUCUCAAGCUGGGCCUGCGGCUGCAGCCAUUUGAGCUGCAGCCUUCAGUGAGGGAGGCCUACGGGGGCCGCUGGCAUUUGCUGCCGGUCUCGCUGCAGCGGCGGUUCUCUCAAGUAACGAUUUCUUCGUCUUUGCUUCCUGAAGAUCCUCUCGCCUUCCUCAAUGCAGCAGCAGCACCAGCAGCAGCACCAGCAGCAAAAGCAGCAGCAGCAGAAGCAGAAGCAGCAGCCGGAAGGUCGGCUACUUCGUCCUGUGUAGGAGUUGCUGGGGUUGAGCAGGAGAGGGGAAGCCACGAGCGGCAGCAGCAACAGCAGCAGCAGGAUCUGCAGCAGCAGCAGCAGCAAGGCUGCUGCUGCUGCUGCAGCGUACAAGACCCUGCUGGGCAAUUCUCUCUCGGGGCAAUUGAUGAGAAUGGAUGUCUCUGGCUCGGCUGCAGCACGGCCUGCUGCUGCAUGCGCCGCAGCAGCAAAGUUCCUCAGCAGCAGCAGCAGCCCCACCACCACCCGAACGGCAGCAGCAGCAGCAGCAGCAGCAGCAGCAGCAGCAAAGAUGAUGCGUGCUGGAACUAUGAUGUGAUUGGGGGAGGUCACUGCUUCUGCCACAUCGAUCCAGAAUCCCCUGCUGCUGCCAGCAGCAGCUCAGACAGCAGCAGCAGCAGCAGCAGCAGCAACAAAGGCGGGAGUGCCAGCAGCUCGCAGCGGCGGCUGCAGCAGCUGCACUGCCCGCUGCAGCGCCAGCUAGGACGCCUGCCGCUGCAGCAGCAAAGCAGAGCAACUGAGAAUAACGUCCCAUGCGUGCUGGUGGCGCUGCCAGACGAAGACGCUGCUGCUAGGCCUUCUCGCUCUGCAAGUGCUGCAUCAGCAGCAGCAGCAGCAACAGCAGCAGCAGCAGCAGCAGCAAGUCCAGCAGCGUCUGACUGUGGCGCUGGAACGUUGGCGGCAGCAGCAAAAGGAGCAGCAGCAUCUCCUGCAGUAGGAGGUGCAGCAGGAGCAUUGUUUGCUUCAUCUCCUGCAGCAGCGGCAACGGCAGCAGGAGCAGCAACUGCUGCAGCAACUGCUGCAGCAGCUGCUGCAGCAUCAGGAGAGGGAAGCCCUGUGCAGCAUGCAGCAGUCUUUAGGUCUCGCUUAUUUCCUGCUAAGUUCGGUCUGCUUGUUAAAGGGCGAAGGCUGACGAGGCUCUUCUGCCCUUUACCGGAUAAGCCUGCUAAGCUGCUGUGCGGCCCAGGCGCUGACUUCGGUUUGCUGCUGCUGGUGAACGGGCAGCUGCUGCAGUGGGGCCUCAGGAGGCCCCCAGCAGCAGCUGCCAAUCAAAGGCACCUUACCCUCGCUCUAACUCAGGUGCGGGGCUCCUUAGAAGGUCGUAGUGUGGUGGACGCUGCUUUGGGUUGCCGCGCUGCUGGGCUUGACAGCAGCAGCAGCUACCAGGCCUUUGCUGUCUGCAGCAGCGGCGUAUUGCACGAGUUUAGUUUAAAUCCUGCUGCUGCUGCUGCUGCUGCUGCUGAAGGUGGAAGGUCUCAGGCAGCAAAGAGGAGGCCCCUUGCAGCUGAGCCCAUCGAAUUCACCCCUCUUUGCUUCGAUCUCGUAAGACACACGCUGUACGGCUACACGAAAGCUGCUGGUGCGAGGCUUCCUUAUGCCGUUAGCAACUUCAAGCGGCUGCUGCAGGCCGUGCCUGAGGACGAACUUGAGAUGGUGCUAGCCACCUGCAGCAGCAGCAGCAGCAGCAGCAGCAGCAGCACACUAAGACGUUUGGUUGACUCCUACUGGCUGCGCGAAGCAGCAGAAGAUACUGUGGGGCCCGGUGCGGCGCCUUCAACGGGUGCUGCUCAGCGUGCUGCAGCACACGGCUCCGUUACUGCUGCUGCUGCUGCUGCUGCUGCUACGCAGCUGGCUGACGAAUCGGCAUGCAGCGACACCGCAGGGGCCACUGCUAAGGCACCCCAAGGGCAGCAGCAGCAGCUCCAGCAGCAGCAGCAGUCGCCAUAUGGGCCCGCGGAAUCUUCACCGCGGAGCACUGUAGCGUCUUCUGCUACUCCCAGCAGCAGCAGCAGUAGCGCAUCAGCAGCGCACGCAGGGUCCAGCAGCCAGCCGAAGUCCGGAGGUGCCUCUGCUGCUGCUGGUGCUGCUGCUGCUGCUGCUGCUGGUGUGUCUGAUGCUGUCUUCGCAGCCUUCAUGCGCUUGCGUGAGGAGGAGAUCAGUCUUCUAUAUGCGGCAGGCGCAACCCCAGCUGCAUCAGCAACAGGCCCAGCAGCAGCAGCAGCAGCAGCAGGCCCGUCAGCAGCAGCAGCAGCAGCAGCAGGUGGUGCCGCAGCAGCAGGCGGCGGGUUAACACCAAUGGGAGCUGCAUCAAGAGCAGCUGAAGCAGCAUCCUCAGCCCCAGCAGCAGCAGCAGCAGCAGCAGCCGCAGCGGAUCCUGUGCAGCAGGUUUGGUGUUGCGGGGGUUAUGUGCUGCUUGCUCGUGCGAGCGGGCAGCUGCAGGCUGCGUGGCGCGGCUGCAGCAGCGUGAGUCUGGUGCAGCAGCGGUGGAAGAUUUGCUGCAGCAGCAGCAGCAGCAGCAGCAGAGAGGCAGAAGCAAUUGGAGAGGCAUCGCAGGACUUGUACGAUAUCUCCAGCCACCAUCUGGCGCAGGUGCUGCAGCUGCGCAGACACCUGGGCUUAGGCUGCUGCUUAGGGGAGGGGUUGUGGGGAAAGGCGCUGAAGCAGCUGGGCCUUCCUUAUGCAUUUGCACCGCCGCUGCCUCCUCCCUCUGCAGAUGACCUGCAGCAGCAGCUGCUGCUGCUUGCUGCAGCACCUCAGCCACCCUACGCACUCUGCUGCUCCCCACGAGCCAUCCUGCUGCUCGCCACCACCGUCCGCCAAGCAUCCACAAACCCCAUAAGCAGCAGCAGCAGCAGCAGCAGCAGCAGCAAAGUGAGGACAGCUUUCGCUCGCAGCAGUGUGCCGAGUUAUCUGCAAUUGGGGCAUCUGACCUCAGCCCCGCUGCAGCAGCUGGCGAAGGCGGUGUGGAAGUACUGCAUGCAAGCAGCAAACGAAGCAGCACCAGUGCAGCAGGUGCUGCUGCAGCUCUCCAGGGACAUGAGCACCCUAGCGCAGCAACACAAUGCAAUGCUUCCGCAGCUGCAACAGCAACAACAGCAGCAACACCAGCAAAAGCAGCAGCAUGAAGAGCAACAACAGCAUGAAGAACAGCCGCAGCAGCAAGAGCAGCAGCAGCAGCAGCAGGAAGGAGGCUGCAGCGCGGAGCGUGCAGGGACCUCCCAGCAGCUGUCUCUGCAGCAGAGGCAGGGGGCAAUGCAAGAAAGACAAGAAGCACAAACAGCUUCUCUGCUGCUGCUGCUGCUGUCGCGCGUGUUUCUAGCCCAGAGAGCAGCAGGACAGCCCGAGCUGCUGCAGCUGCUGCAGCAGCAGCAAGAGGAGGGAGGGACGCUGGCAGCAAAGCGACGCCGCUGCACAGCGCAUGCAAAAAGAGCAGCAGCAGCAGCAGCAGCAGCAAAAAAGAGAAGGCACCCCGCUGCGGACGCAGCCAAAACUCAGGCAGAAGAGGAUUGA